AUGGGUAAAAGAUUUAGUGAAUCUAUGGAUAAAAAGAUUGCUGGUCAAGCAAGAAAGAGAGAGCAAGAAAAAGAGAAAUUGAGAGCUGAAGAACGAAAGCUUGAAUCUAUGGAAGCUGAGAAAUGGGAACAAGGUUCCAAGAAGGCCUCCAGGAAACAAUUGGAGGAAGAAGAGAAGAAGAAGGAGAAGUUAAGAUUGAAGCUAGCUCGUGAAGUUCAAAUGCAAGAAGAAGACGAAAUCCUGGGCAAAGGUGGUAAAGGACCAGGUAGCACAAAAGCAGGUAAACAAAAGAAAAGAGCCAGUCAUCAUUGA